AGUGUACAAAGACCAAGUAGCGUGCAAGUAACGCAAAUGUGCAGAGUAUAGAAACGAGAGAUACUUGUAAUUUCUGUUUUCUCAUCAAUCAAAAUCCCCAAUCUUUUGAGUAAGAGAUUUGGUAGUACACCAACCAAACAGUUACAAUGGCUUCAUCUGUUCCAUCUUCAUCUCGAUCUCGAUGCACAUACGAUGUGUUCUUGAGCUUUAGAGGCGAAGACACUCGCGAUAACUUCGUCAGCCAUCUAUACGCAGCGUUGGCUCAGAAGGGAAUUCACACCUUCAAAGACGAUGAAAAGCUCGAAAGAGGAAAAUCUAUUUCUCCGGAACUCCAGAAAGCGAUUCAAGAAUCAAGGUUUUCAAUUGUGGUUUUGUCCAAGAACUAUGCUUCUUCCAGAUGGUGUUUGGAUGAGCUUGUGGAGAUACUUGAAUGCAGCAACACAACUGUUUAUCCGAUUUUCUAUCACGUGAAUCCAUCGGAUGUGCGACGCCAAAGAGGGAGUUUUGGGGGUGGAUUUGAGGAAUUGGUGUCCAAACAGGAAGUAUUGGGGAUGGAGAAGGUCCAAAGGUGGAGGAAUGCUUUGGAGCAAGUUGCCAAUUUAUCAGGAUGGCCUUACCCUAGCGAUACAAUUGUUAGGUCUGAAUCAAUGUUCAUCCAAGAACUUGUUGGAAUACUUUUUAGAAAAUUAAACCAUACAUAUUCAAGCGUCUCUGAAGACUUAGUUGGGAUGGAUUCUCCUAUGGAGAAAGUGAUUGAAUUGUUAGGAUUAGGGAUGGAUGAUGCUCGUGCUGUGGGGAUAUGGGGAAUGGGUGGAAUGGGUAAGACAACUAUUGCAAGAGCUAUUUAUGACCGUAUCUCUUCCCAAUUUGAAGGUUGCAGCUUCAUUGAAAAUGUUAGAGAAGUUUCAGCAAAAAGUGGUCCGAAAACUCUGCAAGAACAACUCAUUUCCGAAAUCUUGUUGGAAAAAGAUUUGAAAAUAGGAAGUGUUGGUAUGGGAGUAAGUAUGAUAAGGAACAUGGUAUACCGUAAAAAGAUUCUUAUUGUUCUCGAUGAUGUGGAUGAAUCAACAGAACUUGAAAAAUUGAUAGGAGAACAGCAUUGGUUCGGUUUUGGAAGUAGAAUCAUUAUAACAACUCGAAAUCAACAUGCAUUAACUAGAUAUGGCAUAACACAUAUUUAUGAGGUUGAGGAAUUAAGAGAAUAUGAAGCUACAGAACUCUUUAAAUCGAAAGCCUUCGGGAAAUACCAGCAAGUGGAAGACUAUGGAGAACUUGUACCUCGUGCAGUAAAGUAUGCUAAAGGAGUUCCUUUAGCUCUCAGAGUUUUGGGUUCUUUUCUUUGUGGUCGAAACAAAUAUGAGUGGGAAAGUUCAUUAAACAGGCUGAAAGAAAGCCCUUUGAAUGAAGUUCAACAAGUACUCCAAAUAAGUUACGAUGCAUUACAAUUGGUAGAGAAGGAAAUAUUCUUAGAUAUUGCUUGUUUUUUCAGCGGGAAAAACAAAAAUGAUGUAACAAAAAUUCUAGAUAGUUGUGGCUUCCACCCAAUUAUUGGAAUAGAUGUUCUUGUUAAGAAGUCUCUCGUAACUAUCUCGGAUAAUAAGGUGAUGAUGCAUGAUUUGAUACAAGAACUAGGGUGGUAUAUUGUUCGCCAGAAAUCACCUAAAGAGCCUGGGGAGUGUAGUAGGUUGUGGCUUCAAGAAGAUUUGACACGUGUGCUGAUGGAGAAUACGGGAACAAAAAAAGUGGAAGGCAUAGCUGUGGAUUAUCUUGACCUCGGACAUCAAGAUCCCAAGGACAUUGGCCUGAAAGAAUUGAAGGUGGGCCCUAAAGCUUUUGCAAAGAUGUCAAACUUGAGAAUUCUCAAAAUGUGUUGUAUUCACCUCACAGAAGACCUCAAAUAUCUUUCUAACAAGUUAAGAUAUCUUGAUUGGUGCGGAUACCCUAUGAAAUGCAUGCCUUCAACAUUUCAACCAGGGCGUCUUGUUGAACUUCACUUAACCUAUAGCAGCAUUGAACAACUUUGGGAGGAAACAAUGCCACAUCUAGGCAUUUUGAGGAUCAUGAAUCUUAGUCACUCAACAUGUCUAACCAAGAGCCCAGACUUCACGAAGGUCCCAAAUCUUGAAAUAUUGAUUCUUGAAGGCUGUACAAGUAUGGUUAAUCUUCAUCCAUCCAUUGGAAUUCUUAGAAGGCUUAUUUGCCUCAACUUGAAGGACUGCAAAAAUCUCAAGAGUCUUCCAAGUGACAUUCAAUUGGAAUCUCUUGAAGUUCUUAAUGUCUCUGGGUGUUCAAAACUUGAAAACAUUUCAGUUAACUUUGGAUAUAUGAAAUGUUUAUCACAGCUUUAUUUAGAUGGGAUUGGUGUAAGUGAACUUCCACCUUCAGUUGGACAUCUUACCAGUCUUGGUUCACUGAAUCUAAGCAAUUGUAAAAAUUUGAAAAGUAUUCCAGACAGCAUUUGCCAGUUGAAAGCUCUUACAAGUCUAAACCUCUCUGGGUGCUCCAAAGUUGACAAACUUCCGCAAGACGUGGGUUUCCUGGACUGUUUAAAGGUGCUUCGCGCAGAUUGCACUGCAAUUAGACAAGUCCCCUCCUCCAUUGGACUUCUGAAGAAACUAGAAAUAUUAUCCUUACGGGGGUGUAAAGUACUAAGAUCUAAUUCAUGGAGUUGUUUUUUCUUGCCUUCAACUUUACUUAGAUGGAGAGAGAAUUCCAUGACUUUGGAACUAGCAGCUUUGUCAAGGUUAGUGUCUUUACAAAAACUAGAUCUCAGUUACUGUAAUUUAAAAUCUAUCCCCACAUCCAUUUGCCACAUCUACUCGUUGCACCAAUUAAAUCUCAGUGGAAACAACAUUGAAAGUUUACCUGCAAGCAUGAAUCAACUCUCGAAGCUGUCAAUAUUGCUUUUGGAAGGUUGCAAGAGGCUUAAAGAACUGCCAGAGCUUUCAUCAUCAGUACAUAAAAUACUAGCUGAUGAUUGCACAUCAUUAAGAACAAUAUUGAGUCCAUCCACAUUCAACAAUGUUGACUUCUUUUCCUUCAUGAAUUGCUUCAAACUGGUUGAGAGCAAGCAGAACAACAUCCUGACAGAAAAAUUUAUUUCAAAUUUAAUUCAAUCUGUUUCUUUUAUUGUUUUCCCCGGGAGUGAGAUUCCAAAGUGGUUCAGUCAUCAGAGUAGGGGUUCUUCAAUAUCUUUUGAGUUGCCUCCACAUUGGUAUAAUAGCAGGUUCUUGGGAAUUGUUUUAGCUGCUGUUGUAAUCAAGGAUAAAUCCAAGUUCCAGGGGUGCUAUUCUUUUAAGAUGACGUUUAAGCGCCUUAGUACUCAGACGGUCAUCGGAAAUUGCUGUACAGUGAAUCUACAUUUUCAAUUUGCGAAUUCUGGAAAUGUACAAGUUAUUUAUUUACCACACUUUGAUUUUCUGGGACUAAUGGAAGAUUAUAUGGAGCAAUUAAAUGAGGGUGGAAUUGAAUUUCAAGUUUGUUUUGUUGAACUCCAUCAUCUCUGUGGCAUUGCAAGGCAUUUUGCAUAUUAUAGUAAAAGGAAAGCAAAAUAUAUGGAAUGUGAACUUGAAUGCGGGCAUGUUGUUGCAGUGGAAAAGCUCGGUGUCCAUUUAUUAUACGAGAAAGCUGAUGAAGAAGCAUUGAUUACAUACAGACCUGAAGAAAACAUGGGUGUGGGUGUGUUCCAUGGAGACUUGGAUAGAUUAGUAGAAGUUGUGAAUGCUAGUGCUACUACAUCAAAGAGAAAAUGCGAUGACCUCAAUAACAACAAUGACUGCGAUGCAGCAGUAGCAGGACCCAGUGGAAGUGGCGGAUUUGAUGAUCAGGAGGAGGAGGACCACCUCAAUAGCAAAAGGCUUAGGAGCGAGUGAAAUUGGCAGCUUUGACCAGGACUGCAAUAUUUGGGAAUACUGGUGCAGAGGCCAACAAGCAGACAGAAAGAACAGAGUGCCAUGGUCAAGAUCUUUCAGUUGUGAGGGAAUCGCCUCAUACACAGGAUCAUUAUUGAUGGCUCAUGGAUGAAGGAUACUUUGCUCGUGGGAGGAGCUUGGGUAGCUUUGGAUGAAUUUGAUAAUCAGAUUGGGGCACACACUGCAGCCUUCUUCCCUUUAUCGGCAUCUAUGGCAGAAGCCAAGGCGUGUCUUGAUGCAGUUUGAUGGUGUGUAGCUCCUAGUGUCAAGACUGUUAACAUAUACAAAGACUCUCAUGUGUUAAUUAAUGAAUUAUCUUGUGGAUCAGCUAAAGCUUUGGAUCGGCUGUCUAUUGUUAAGGAUAUUGAGAUGCUCUUCUAUUUUCUUUUUUCUUUUUUGGGUAAAAAAGAUAUUAAGAUGCUAUGUAGGGUCAUUUUGGGAAGAUAGUUAUAAUCAGUUUUUGGUUGAAAGCCGAUUAUAAUCAACUUUUUGUGAGAGAAUGAAAUGGGUUAUAAUCUGGGAAAAUCCACUUCCCAAAAGAUCCCGUAAUACGUUUGAGUAUAUUUGUGUUACAAUUCCUAGGAACGUUGUUGGUGUAGCCCAUAGAAAGGCAAAAGCUGCUCUUAGACGAUGCAGUAAAUUUUGUGUUGUACUUGCAGCUUUAUCUAUACUUCAGAAUUUAGUC